UAGUCAUAUGAUGCGUAUUAACACUUGUGAAUGAAAAAAGUGAGAUAGAAGCAACUUGUCUUGGACAGUUCGUCCGUCGUUAGCUAUCGGGUUGACCAGACCUGUCCCCUUUUAGUGAGUCGAAGUGUUAAGCAGUUCGCCUGCGUUGAUAAAAAGCGUUGAGCUUUUUCAGUUCGUUCCCUAUCAAAGAAAGUUAGCUCCCACAUCGAUCAAAUUAUCGAACGCAAAAUGCCAGGCUACAUGUUCAACAUCGACGGGGGCUACCUUGAGGGCCUGUGUCGCGGAUUCAAGUGUGGUAUCCUCAAGCAGGCAGAUUAUCUCAAUCUGGUUCAAUGCGAAACCCUCGAGGAUCUGAAGCUGCACUUGCAGGGCACGGACUACGGUCAGUUCCUGGCGAACGAGCCAUCCCCGUUGGCCGUUUCGGUGAUCGAUGAUAAGCUGCGCGAAAAGCUGGUCAUCGAGUUCCAGCAUAUGCGAAAUCAUGCCGUCGAACCACUGUCCACCUUCCUCGACUACAUCACAUACAGCUACAUGAUCGAUAACAUCAUCCUGCUGAUCACUGGUACACUGCAUCAGCGCCCAAUUUCGGAGCUCAUCCCGAAAUGCCAUCCGCUUGGCAGCUUCGAGCAGAUGGAGGCCAUCCACGUUGCGGCCACACCGGCUGAGCUGUACAAUGCGGUGCUGGUUGACACGCCGUUGGCGCCUUUCUUUGUUGACUGCAUCUCUGAGCAGGAUCUGGACGAGAUGAACAUCGAGAUCAUUCGUAACACGCUGUACAAGGCGUACUUGGAGGCGUUCUACGAUUUCUGCAAGAACAUUGGUGGUACCACGGCUGACGUCAUGUGCGAGAUAUUGGCGUUCGAGGCUGACCGACGCGCCAUCAUCAUCACGAUCAACUCGUUCGGCACGGAGCUGUCCAAGGACGACCGGGCCAAGCUGUACCCACGCUGCGGACGUAUGAAUCCUGAUGGGCUGGCUGCCCUAGCACGUGCCGACGAUUACGAGCAGGUGAAAGCCGUGGCCGAGUACUACGCCGAGUAUGCCGCCUUAUUCGACGGUUCCGGCAACAACCCGGGCGAUAAAACGCUUGAGGAUAAGUUCUACGAGCACGAGGUGAAGUUGAACAUGUACGGCUUCAUGCAACAGUUCCACUUCGGUGUCUUCUACUCCUACCUGAAGCUAAAGGAACAGGAGUGCCGCAACAUCGUUUGGAUUGCGGAAUGUGUUGCUCAGAAGCACCGGGCCAAGAUCGAUAACUACAUUCCAAUCUUCUAAGGUGACGAUUCGCGCGGAGUAGAAGCUUAUCGUUCGAUGCAAGCAACCAGCAGCAGCACAAAUGCAUAACCACACGAACAUCUUCUAGAAGGCAUACUUAAAACUUACAGCAACCCCGCAUCCGACGAAAAUCAACCCAUCAAUCAACAUGGGCAAUCUAGGCAAAUUUAACUAUUAAAGGAUCACUCCCUGCAGCCGUGUUGCUCCCCAAACACGUGCCCGCAAGCUUUAUGUUACAAUACUGGGGAUCCUUCGAUCGGGAAGAGUUUUUUCCUGUUAAGGAAAACCCGGUUGUACGCAACAUUCCCGCAACGAGAGAUUCGUUCAUUUUUUUCCAUUUUGGAUCUUACUGAAGCAGUUGCAAUAUCUUUGUUUUUUUCUGUUAUAUUUCAAAAUGUUUUAUUUGUGUAGGAAUAUUAUAAAUCAUACAACUGGUGCGUAUCAAGAGAAAUUUAUUUGUACAGUAAACGAAACCGUUAAGGAAACAGAAGAGCUUUCCAUUAAGCUGCAAUAUCCAGUAACCGUUAGUGGAAGCUAAAAUGUAUUACGAUCAUGGAUUUAAUAAACAAAAUGUAGUUAU